GGGGACAGUGUCCUGAACUGACGUGAGGAUGAGGGUGCUCCUGAGUUUGUGCGCUGCGCUGGUGCUGCUUUGGUCCACUGUCCAGUGUCACCCUGCCCAUGAUAACAGUCACCAUGGCAAUAACGACGUCAGCGUUUCUGCCAAUGGAAGCCUGAAGAUAUACCAGGAGAACCUGGACUUUGCUUUCCGUCUGUACAAGCACGUCUCCGCCCAGCCCGAUUCUCAAUCCAAGAACGUCUUCUUCUCCCCACUGAGCGUGUCCGUGGCCCUGGCUGCUCUGUCCGUGGGGGCCAGAGGGAAGACGCACCAGCAGCUCUUUGAAGGUCUGGGCUUCAACAGCUCAGAAAUCACCACAGAGGAAGUGAACCAGGCCUUCCAACACAUCCAUCACAACCUCAACGAGAAAACAGAUGUAGACCUGUCACUCGGGAAUGCACUCUUCAUUGGACAAGACUUCAAGUCACGUCCUGAGUUCCUGGAGAGCAUGAAACGCUGUUACGAGUCAGAGGGUUUCAGCACAGAUUUUAGCAAGCCUGAAGAGGCCAAGGAACAGAUCAAUAAGUAUGUCAAUGAAAAGACCAAGGGUAAAAUAUCAGAGCUGGUUCAGAAUGUGGAUCCGCUGACAGUCCUGUAUCUCAUCAACUACAUAUACUUCAAAGGUAAAUGGGAGAUUCCAUUUGAUCGAUUUGAAACCAGGAAACAAAACUUUCAUGUUGAUGAUGAAACAACCGUUUCUGUUCCGAUGAUGCACAAAGAGGAGGAUUUUCAUGUUUAUCAUGAUGAAGACAUCUCCACUCACGUUCUCCAGCUGCAUUAUAAUGAGUCCGUCUCAAUGAUGCUGGUCCUUCCAGAGAAAGGAUUGCGGGGUCUGGAGGAAGUGGUCUGCAAAAACCAUUUGAAGAAAUGGAUUGCAUCAGUAAAGAAGAAGGUGUACCAAGUGUAUGUUCCAAAACUGUCCCUUAAGACCUCAUAUGAACUCAAAGAAAUCCUUUCUGAAAUGGGAAUCACUGACAUAUUUGGGGAUACUGCAGACCUCACUGGAAUAUCGGAGGAAGGGAAAUUGGCUGUAUCUAAGGCUAUACACAAGGCUACCUUGGACGUGGACGAGACUGGAACAACAGCAACCGCGACCACAGGAUUUGGAUCCUACCAAAUCCUCCGAUCCUACCAAUCCCCCAUCUUGAGAUUUGACCGUCCUUUCAUGGUUUUUGUGCUCAAUGGUGAAACCAGAAGUAUCCUAUUUAUGGGGAAAAUUGUGAACCCAAAAGCAUAAUAAAAUGUUUGUAUAUGAA